AUGUUUGGAAGAGUUUUCCUCCUUGUCGCUAUGGCGACAUUGUCCAGUGCCCGAUACUGCAUCAUCGGAGGUAAGGCUGUGGCCGGUAACUGUCCCUACAUACAGGGUGAAGAUCUGCAAGACGAAGAACAUUAUUAUCCCAAACCUGUAAAGGAUGACUCCAGAAUCGACAGGGCCCUCACAGUUCCGCAUGUCCCAGCCCAGGGUGAAGCACCUAUCAUCAUAGAUCCUACACGAGACGAGGGACGCACAUUCUCGUGGCCUAAUCCUCUCCUAACUGAGGUUCCUGAAUGGUCUACGCGACUUCGUCAACCCGCUACUUCCACUGAAAAGACGGAUGAGCCUGUCUUGCCUCACAAACAGACCCAUACUGUGAGAGUCUCAACGACAGUCUUCAUUACCAAGCCUACAUCCCCUCCUCUUGUAUGGUGGACUCUACCGAAUCCUGAGGAGGAUCAGAGUACCAUACCAGGGAAGACUACAUCGGCAGCCUUUUCAGAGCCAACUGUAACCUCAUCAACUGUUCCAAAAAUAACUGCAGUCCCAGGGCCGAUUGCAACUCUGGAGCCAACUGCAACUCCGACACCCAAGAAAAAGUCCAAGGACACGACAGACUUUAUAAUCGGUGGCAUCAUAGGAGGAAUCAUCUUCUUAGGCUUACUCAUUGUCGUCUCCUGGUUGAGCUACAGGCACUACAAGAGGAAACAUGCCAAAAAGCCCAGGCCGACUAUCGUCCAUCCUUUCAGGAAACAUCUGCCUCCAGCCCCUCCUCCUGCCUCUCCUUCAACCCCUGAACCUCAAACGCCCGAUCGUCAACGCCGUUCGUAUUGGCUUCCCGAUACUCCCUCUGGCGGCCAGUCGCUGUAUAGCAGGGAAUGGGGAGAGACUAUGCGGAUGUGGAUGAGGGCACCUGGACGCAAUCCUGAAGUUCACGCCAUGGACAAGAUCAGUCGGCCGAAGAAUAUGUAUACUAGUCGACCUGCUACUAAUUCACCCCGUUCGGCGAAUGCAAAGACUCGGCCUGCUGCGAACCCAUACCUCUCGCCGCAGCCAUACAGUGCUCCUCGGCCUGUCGACAACUCGCUGAACCGUUUUUCAAUUCCCCGUCGGCCUGUUGGCGCUACUUACUCUCCGGCGAUCAUGACUCCUCUGCCUAAUAGCCCGAACCUUGCGCCAAACACUCCCCAGCCGGGCCCUUCUCAGUAUAGUGAGAGUGUAUACAGCCAGCCGGGCCUAGGAGUGAGGCCGGAUAGUGCACGUCCGAUUGGUUGGCUUUGA